AUGGUUAUUGGAGAGUACGAAUACAAGACCUCGACAUCAGGACUCACAUGGAUAAAGUGGAUGGAUAAAAAACCAGUAUACUUUUUAUCCAAUUUUCACGACCCUACCGAAGUAACUGUUGUGAAUCGGAGGCAAAAAGAUGGUACUCUAACUCCUGUCAACAGUCCUGUCUUGUGUUCAGACUAUAACACACACAUGGGAUAUGUCGACUAUGCGGAUCGUGCAAUAUCUACUUACCAGAUUGAUCGUAAGUCCAAAAAAUGGUGGUUUAGAAUUUUUUGGCACUUCAUCGAUCUCUGCAUAUGUAACGGAUUCAUUUUGUACAAGGAAAAACAAAUCAAACCACUUUUGUCAUUGAAAAAAUUCCGAAUGAGAUUGGUAGAACAAUUGGUGGUACAUAAGAUCCCAACUCCAAAAGGUAGGAAAAGAACGGCACCAAAUACUCCAUGCCAUGCAAAAAUCAAAGUACCUGAUGAAAAGAGACUUUCUAAUGCUGCUCACAUGCCACAAGUCUCAGAUACAUAA